AUGGGAUCAGUCGAAUUGGUAAUGAGACUAUCAAAAAAUCUGGUCCUGGUCUCAGACACGGUCACACGGUCAGUCUACUUUUCUACUUCUUCUUCUUCUCCUUCUCUGAAUCAGAAGAAAACAUAUGCUCAAGCAGCUGAAUCUGCUGCCUCUAAACCUGCUGUCUCUAAACCUGCUGUCUCAAAACCUGCUCAAAAUCCUGAGAAAACUGAGAAGAAUACUGCUCAUGCCUCUAUUCAUAGAAAAGUAGAAAAGAAAAUGCAAAAAGAGAAAAACUUUCAAAUCUUCAGAAAUAGAAGACUUAUUCUCAAAGUCUCAAACCAGGACAUUCUGCAAAGAAACAAGCUAAACUCAAAUCUCAUUUUCAGAAUCAGAAAUGAAAUUAACCAGCAGUUCUUUUCUCAGUUGAUGACUGAUAUUGAAGUUCAAAAACCAGUUAUAGCUUCAAUUGAAUCAUCAUUCUUUGAAAACUCCAUCAUUCUGACUACAAUGCCUGAAUUCAGUGCUGAAUUCCUUAUUCAGAAUGAGAAUCUCUGGAAGUCAGCAGUAGAAUCUUUGUUAAACACAACAAUUCUAUCUGAAAGAGAUGAAAAGUGA